GUACUUCUUCUGUUCUCCCCUUAUACACUCAUACACCAUCAUCCUCUUCUCUCUGCUAAGCCUAACCACAAUCACCUUCUCUUCUUAUCUGGAUCCGAAAUUCCAAGCCUGUGAGCCCAAAAGAUGUGGGAAUAGCCAAAACAUAAGCUACCCCUUCUACAUCAAAGGACAACAACAACCCUUCUGUGGGUACCCUCGUUUUGAACUCACCUGUGGCUCCAAUGGCUUUCCAAUUCUCAACACAUCCAAUACCCCAUACAUCGUUCACAAUAUUUUCUACCAAAACCAAUCACUCCGAGUGUCUGAGCUUGAGUUUUCAAAACUCGGCACCAAUCAGUGUAUUGCUAAAAUAGGCAAUUUCACCCAUCGCAGUAGAAGGUUCAGUGUUGCUCCCAACCAAAAGGAGUUGUUAUUGUACUACGGCUGUGACUCACUGUUCUUUCCUGAAGAACACAAAAUUGGGUGUUCAGCUAAAAACAAAACGCGUUCAAUUGUGGGAUUGUAUAGGAAGGAUCAAAAUUUGAGCAUAGCGUUGAAAAAUUGCACGGGUGGGUUUGUGAUAACAAGUGUGGAAGAUGAGAGAGGAGGAGUUAAAAAGGCAUUACAAAGAGGGUUUGUGUUGAAUUGGAUAGCCAGUGGGUGUGAUGAGUGUAAGAACAGUGGAGGAAGGUGCGGAUUCGAUCUAAACCCGAAAAUAUAUGCUUUCAGGUGUUACUGCCCUGAUCAUGUUUCUGAUGAUAAAUGUCAUCUUGCAGCAGCUAAGAGAUUGAAUAUGGCAGGAAAACUAGGCAUAGGUUUAGGUGUUGGAUUCUUAUUCAUCUUGAUGAUUGGGCUACUCUUACUUUUCAAAAGAAAAAAUAGUUCCUCACACAGUGAGUUCCAAACAAGAAAAACUCACUCUAAUUCCUCUUUAAAUCCAAAUGUAGAAAGUGACAGUGUGUACUUUGGAAUUCCCUUCUUCUCCUACAAAGAGCUUGAAGAAGCAACAAAUCAUUUUGACAUUGAUAAACAAAUUGGAGAUGGAGGCUUUGGCACUGUCUACUUCGGAAAACUCAAAGAUGGGCGGGAAGUUGCUGUCAAGCACUUAUAUGAUCAUAACUACAAACGGGUAGAGCAAUUUACAAAUGAAGUGCAGAUCCUCACGCGUUUACGCCAUAGAAAUCUGGUGUCACUCUAUGGUUGCACUUCAUAUCAAAGUCGUGAACUAUUGCUUGUGUAUGAAUAUAUUCCAAAUGGCACAGUUGGCAGCCAUCUCCAUGGGGAAUUAGCAAAGCCUGGAUUUUUACCAUGGACUGUACGAAUCAAAAUAGCUAUACAAACUGCCAGUGCAUUGACAUAUCUUCAUGCUUCUAAGAUCAUUCAUCGUGAUGUCAAAACUAACAACAUUCUCCUUGACAAUAGUUAUUGUGUUAAAGUAGCAGAUUUUGGCCUUUCAAGACUAUUCUCCAAUGAUAUCACUCAUGUCUCCACAGCACCACAAGGUACCCCAGGUUAUGUUGACCCAGAAUAUUACCAAUGCUACCAGCUAACUAGCAAAAGUGAUGUAUAUAGCUUUGGGGUUGUGCUUAUUGAGUUAAUAUCAUCUUUGCCAGCUGUUGAUAUGAAUAGGCAAAAGGAUGAAAUUAACUUGUCAAAUCUAGCCAUAAAGAAGAUUAGAAAAAGUGCAUUAAGUGAGCUAGUUGAUCCUUCUCUUGGUUUUGAUUCAGACAAUGAGGUUAAAAGGAUGAUAGUUCAGGUGGCAAAAUUGGCUUUUCAAUGUUUGCAACCGGACAGGGAAUUAAGACCUUCCAUGGAUGAAGUGCUACAAGUAUUAAAGAGAAUUGAAAGUUGGAAUAAUGAUCCAGAGCUAGAGCAUUAUGUCCAUGCUUCUGAGGCUUUACAUAAUACUGUACUAGCCUCCCCUGAAUUGGGUGAAGUUGGAUUGUUGAAGAAUGUGAAACUACCAUCUUCAUCAAUAUCCAUUACAGAUAGUUGGGAAAGUAAAACUACUACGUGUAAUAUCCAUGCUUAA